UUCCCCCCGGCUGAAACCCUGCCUGAUUUGUGGGCAAUGUUGGGGAUGUAGAAAAAAAGGAAACCGGAGCAAAGAGAGCGCAAGGGAGAAAUAGGGAGACAACACUAACUGGGUAGCUAUGGAGAUAGUAGGUUUUCCUGGUAGCUUUCUUUGACAGGUGUCGAGUGGGAUAAAUUAAAGUAUCAGAACAACUUCCAAGAUGUACGGCAAGGGUAAAGGAGCUGUGGUCCCCUCCGAUAGCCAAGCAAGAGAAAAGUUAGCGUUAUAUGUGUACGAGUACCUGCUACAUGUGGGAGCACAGAAGUCCGCACAGACCUUCCUGUCCGAGAUUCGAUGGGAGAAGAAUAUUACAUUAGGGGAGCCUCCGGGAUUCCUGCAUUCAUGGUGGUGUGUAUUCUGGGAUUUGUAUUGUGCGGCUCCAGACCGAAGGGAGACAUGCGAACACUCCAGCGAGGCCAAGGCCUUCCAUGACUAUAGUGCAGCGGCAGCACCCAGCCCUGUGAUGGGCAACAUGCCCCCCAAUGACGCCAUGCCAGGUGGUCCCAUGCCCCCAGGAUUCUUCCAGGGACCACCCGGCUCUCAGCAGUCCCCCCACGCACAGCCCCCCCCACACAACCCCAGCAACCCCAUGAUGGGACCCCACGGUCAGCCCUUCAUGUCACCACGGUAUCCAGGUGGACCCCGUCCCUCACUUCGAAUGCCAAAUCAGCCUCCAGGGGGAAUCCCUGGAUCUCAGCCUCUCCUGCCAAACAGUUUAGACCCGACAAGACCGCAAGGACAUCCUAACAUGGGUGGACCAAUGAGGAUGAAUCCUCCUCGAGGAAUGGCCAUGGGCCCACAGAAUUAUGGAGGUAUGAGGCCUCCUCCUAACUCCAUGGGCGGCCCGAUGCCAGGAAUGAACAUGGGUCCUGGAGGAAGAGGGCCUUGGCCAGGACCUAACGCUAACUCUAUAGCCUACUCCUCCUCAUCUCCAGGAAACUAUGUGGGUCCUCCAGGAGGAGGAGGUCCACCUGGAACUCCCAUCAUGCCCAGCCCAGGUGGUGCGUCACCUAACUAUGUCCCCAGCGCAAACACUUAUUCGACUAACUCAAGUGAAAACAUCUACACGAUGAUGAAUCCCAUCGGACCAGGAGGCAACAGACCCAACUUCCCUAUGGGACCCGGGCCUGACGGGCCAAUGGGAGCGAUGGGAGCCAUGGAGCCACACCACAUGAAUGGAUCACUAGGGUCUGGGGAUAUGGACGGGUUGCCAAAGAGCUCCCCAAAUAACAUGGGGGGCAUGAACAACCCCCCCGGGACGCCGAGAGAUGACGGCGAAAUGGGCGGCAACUUCUUGAACCCAUUCCAAAGCGAAAGUUAUUCACCCAACAUGACGAUGAGUGUGUGAUUUUAUUUUUCCUCUUUUUUGUACUUUUGUUCUUUUUACCUUCCCUAUUUUUGACUCCCUGCACCUGAUUUUUUUUUUUUUCUUCUUCAAUUCAAUCCGUAUUUUUCCCGGGAUUGGACCACCUCCCCUCCUGACUUACACACACACACACACACACACACACACACACACACAUCCUUUGCCUCCUGAAUCCUCCACAUCCUCCACGGGAUCCACAAUUCCCCUGCUCCUCUCCCCCCUCCCCCCAACCCCCCACCCCCCCCCUCACUCGGGACCCUACGGCCACGCAGACCUCUGGGACAGCCCUUGAGCAUGCUGGGACUCUAAUUAAGACGGGCCCUCCUGGAGCCUGCAAGAUGGCCGCCGCUCUGAACAGGAAGCAGUCGCAGAGCAACAGGAAGGGCCUCCUCUCUGACUCCGGCCCCAGCCUCCCUGGCUUCCUGUCAGGUUCUAGACAAUGAGCGAAGGGGAGGAGGACAAACAGAGAGAAAGGUAGAGAGGAGACUGAUAAGACAGCCCUCCACAGUGCUGGAUCUUUUUAGCCGCUGCCUGGAAGCUUCUCAACAACCACUUUGGACUUUUGAAAAACUGUUGUCUCUUUUUUGUUUUUGUCAUUCUCCUCCCGAUGGAUUCAGUUGUGGGUCAGACAAACGGACCCGUUUACCCUCCAUGUUGUUUCUGUGUGUACAUUUUUUUGAACAGAGGUGUUGUGAUGAUCAGUGAACUUUUUUUUUUUUUCAUUUUUGUGUAUGUAUUGUAUCAUUGCUAUUUUUAUUAUUGUAUUGUUAUUAAUGCUAUUUUUAUGAUCAUUUUAAGAUUAGGGUCUAAUUUGUGUUGUUUCUAAGGGCACAUUGUUAUGAUGAAGACGGCAUACGUGCACACAAGUCCGAAAUAAACCUGCUGUGACAUGCGGCUCCACGUAAACACAGUGCCCCCUGCAGGUAACCCAUCACGGUACUAAUUGAUCGUCCCUUUUCGUUUAUCUCAAAGUUUUUUUUUGUUUUUUUUUAACCAGUUCAAAUUCUUAACUUCCAAACCAGAAGACGAAGAAGAAGCAGCUCCUGUUUUUAGUAGCUUCCAUGCAGUGAUAUGCACAGCUCUAUUUAUUUAUGUACUUAAAAUUUGUCUCAUGACUCGUUGUUACCUUUUUUUUUUUUUUUUUAAGUGUUAUCCCUGGGUUGUUGUUUUUUUCUUAACUGCAGAACUAGUAGCAAGUGUGUAAAUAUGCAGAUCCAGACAGCCGCGUCUCAGCCUCUCCGUCUGACAGCGUUAGACUCCUUUUUGACCCCACCUCAUGCUGCUCCAACUACAGCCACCCACUUGGCUUGAUGUUCACUCCAACGUGUAGUUAGGCAAUGUUUACAAUCUGCCGACCUUAAUGAACUCUUGGAUUGUCUCUGGUAACUAAGAAGUCCUCAACACACUGUGAUGUAUGUCUGUACUUUAUGGAAAUUUGCUUUCACGCACCGGUCAGUUUAGCUCCCAGACUUUAGUUGUCAUACAUACAGUACAUGCAGCGGUCGCUUCUGGGGAAGGACUUCAGGCUCUCUGCUGACUUGUUUAACGUGGGAGCAGAGCAGGACAGGAAGUAUCAAAGCAUUGCUCUGUUGCUCUGUAACUUAUGCCCCCUCUCCCCCCCCCCCUCCCCCCUUCUUCUUUGCUCAUCAAGACCUCCGUCCUCCCUUUCCUCUCCUCACAGACGGGCCAGAAUCCACACACAAUCACACAACCCUCUGAUUGUUUUUGUACAACCCCUCCAUCUUUUGAUUUCAUUGUGUUGUAAAUACUGUAAAAUGCAUUUUGAUAUCAUUGACAUGUUUUGAUAUUUUUCAGAUCACGACGACAGUUGAUCAGAAAAAAAGGCAGAUUCGGGGCGACUGUGUGUAUUUGUGCAGAGAUGGUGUGUCUUUUACUCAAGAAAUGAUAUGAAUGAUGACAAACACAAACUGGAGCUGCUAUAGACUAUUAUGCUAUUUCUUCUCAUCACAGACAAAAAAAAAAAAGAAAGAGGGUGGGCUUAAUUGUGCAUCAGAGAGGAUGAGGAAGGGAUCUUUUUUAAGUGUUUUUGAACGCCUUUUAGGGAACUCGCUGUCACACACAUUUCCUUGAGAAAUCGUAUAAAUUAAACAGGAGUCUUGUCCAACCCCCCCCCCCCCCUCCCCCGUCUCUGUUGUUGGUAAAUUAUUAGCGAGGUGGCCAGAAAGCCUCGAAAAGGCUUAUUUUCAUCAUUUGACAGGGAUUUUGGAAGGAGAGAAUGAAAGAGGCCAGUCUUUCCCAAAAUAAAUCUCCUUUCCUUCUGCCUCAGACGGAUUUUUUUUUUUCUGCUCUCAUGCUCGACAGCAAGAAAGAAACAGAAAGCAGGACACACAGGACGCUGUCUCUCAAUCUGACACACCAGGGACCAGAGUACUAUACAAUACUUAACUAUGAAGGAUUUUUUUUUUUUUUUUUUACUAUUUAAGAUGGGGAGGGAGAAAUGUUUUUGAGAACGUGAGGAGAAAAAAUAUCGGACAAAUUUGUUCUAAUUGGUAAAAAAAAAAAAAGAGAGGUAAAUAGAGCAGGGACAGGCGUUUCUUUCAUUUUGACUUUGAACAGCUGUGGUAUAAAAUGCAGUGGAACUUCUAUCUUUCUGUCCUGUAAGUACAGCCGUCACAACGUUGAUCAUUUCUGUAUUUCUAUUGUGCUGAUGUAUAAUACUGUAACAUUCAGGGGAAGGGAGGGUUAAGAGGAAUAUCUUUUUUGUUUGUUGAGGGGAGUAAAGUUUUUCUGUUCAGUUCCUCACUUUUCCUCUGAUGACAAAGCAGUAUUGAAUAUGAGGCAGUCUAUCCUUGGGGGGUUGCUUUGUAUCUCAUGUUAGGGUAGUUUCAGAUCCUAAAUGUCUCGUGUAGUAAAAAAAGAAAAAGAAAAAAAAAAGAGGUUCCUUCUUCGUAUGUUUCUUUAUAUUGUAAAGUUUCUUUAGACAAAAAAAUUGUUGCUUAUUGGAAAAAAAGGUGGGAAAACUGCAUUGAUAAUGUAAUUUUUUUUUUUUUAUUUUGGUUUCGUUUUCAAUUUUCAUCAAGUUGUCAGUCGUUUUUGCCUGUGUCCCCCUUGUUGUAGAUACAUAUUAAAAACAAAUAAAAUGACUUCACUCCUUUUGCCAUGAAA